AUGUUUUUUAAGGUUGCUCAGCAGUGCAAGGAAAAUAUUUUUGCAAUACAAACAUUAAAAGACUUUCAAUAUGUUGAAGAAAAUAAGGACCAGGGAAUGAAUGUUCGAGAAAAAUCAAGGCAAUUAGUAUCACUUUUGAGGGAUGAUGAGAGAUUAAAAAGUGAAAGAUCAAGAGCAUUAAAAGCAAAAGAAAGAUUUGCCCAAGCUACUUCACAUGCUGGAAAUGAAGCUAGUGGAAGUGGCUCUCCUGGAGGCAAGGAUUCCGUUGAAUCUUCCCCUGAUGGUUCAGCUGCUAGAGGUGCUGUUUGCACUGAGCUAGAAAAUGCUCGUCCUCAAACUGCUGGUGAAGAAGAGUUGCAAUUGCAGUUGGCAUUGGCUAUGAGUAAGGAAGAAGCUGAGCAAGAGGAACGACUACGGCGAAAUGAUGAUCUCAGGCUUCAAAUGGCUCUUACAGAGAGUCAGGAAAACUAUCACAGAUCAAAUUCAGAAGAAAAUCCUUCUCCAGAUCUUUUGGGCAUUUGUACAUCUCCUACCAGCCAUUCUGCUCCAAAACUAAAUACUGAUCCAUGGGGAAUGCCUGUUCCUAAGGAAUCAGAUCCUUGGCAGACUAAGGGGGCUGCUGCAAUGGGAAAGGGUGACCCGUGGGGUGGUGCUUCAUCUCCUCCAUCAGUUCCAGCCACUAAACCUUGGGCUCCUCGGAUGUCUACAUCAGCCAGUGUUUCGUUUGAAGCUCUUGGUCGCUCCAAUGGCGAAUUAGAUGAUUAUGAUUUCAUGAACAAAAGAUCAGCAAUGAGCUCUCCAGAUACAAGUAUUCAACGAGGGACCCCAAAUCCAUUUGAUAUGGCUGAGUUAAAGGAAUCAUUUGCUGCUUGUGCAUCUCAAGUGAAAGAGAAUGGUCACUCUUUUGCUAAUGUGAGAAAAACACCUGAAACCUUCUUGGGUCCAAAUUCAAACUUGGUAAAUUUAGAUGCUUUAGUUAGCACCCAAGGAUCUGAUCGAGAGAUUGGGUCUGGAAAUCCAUUUGGAAAUCCACCACCUGUAAACAAUCCGUUUCAAGCAAUUAGACCGCCACCUCCAACUAUAAACCAACUUAGAGCUCAAAUGCAGUUUGUCCCACCAAUGCAACCUGGUAUUGUGGUUCCGCCUACAGUCAUGCCUACUCCUGUAGUAUCUAUUCCUAAUGUCACUGCAUUUUCCUCUAGCCCUCAAGCUAACAAUCCAUUUCUGUAAAAGAGUGAUGUUUUAAUUUAUAAAUGCUUCCAUUAAACAAUUGUGUGCCUCAACAUGGCUAUGUCUUUGCCUCUGCAACAAGUGUCAUUGCAUGUUGCUAUGGUGUAAAUUUUAAAAAACAUUAACAGUAAUAUGUACUGAUAUUGUCUUCAUUUAAGUUACCUUUAUUAAUAGGUUGUAAUUGUUUAUAACCUGUUUUUAGGGAAAGCAAUUAUAUGUUUAUGUUGUAGGGAAAAAAAUGUGAUACUACGAACUAAGUUUGAAUUUAGUUUUUAUUUAUAAUUAUCGUACUUGAUCUUCAAAGUGAGUGUCAUCAAAAUGUAAAUUUUUGGACUAUCAUGAUUGUAUACCUAAGAUGAACAUUUGCAUAAUGGUCUUUAUGAAUUCAUUUAAAUGUUAUUUUAAGGUCAUUUGAAUAUUGCUCUUUUUAAUAUGAAUUUUCAAAUUUAUUUAUCAUGCUUAUUUACAUAUUUGUUUGUGUAUAAAUAAGGUAAAACCUUGUAGAUUCAUUCAUAUGUUCCCAGCAGAACUCAACUUGCACAGAAUGAAUUUCUUAUGUUAGGCGGUCCAUUUAUUGAUAUUUUCUUUAAACGAUGAAUUAUGAAAUAAUGUAAUUAGAUAAAUAUUAUAUCAUCUCCUUCCUGUGCAAUGCAACAGUUCGGUAAUCAUAAUAACCCUUUGUGUCCAUAAUCCCUUGUAGUUGUAUUCUGUAAAUUCAUGAUAGGAGAGGGAUGUAAAUUCUUUGUCAAGUAAUAUGGUUAAUCAUAAAAUGUUUUGCAUAUGAGAUUUAUGUAGAUUACAUGAGAUUUAUUUUUAGAAUAUUGUAAAUAUUCAUCUGUAUGAGUCUCGUAUGAAACUGUGUAAUAUAAUCCUUUUUCCUUUUCACAGCUAUCAUAUCACUAGAAAACAUCAAGUAUUUUUUGUGCAAAUAAAUUAAUAUUUAAAUAGCAUAAAGCUAUUAUGGUAUGUGGAUGUAUUAUCCAUCUCAGUGCUAAUUACGUGAUACAGUAACUGAAUGUGAUUUUAUUCAUUUUCUUAGACUUUAUUUUAAAGCUAGCAAAAAGUGGAAAUGUAAUAUUGAUUGAAAGUAUCAUAUUGUCUGUGUUCUAACUGGAAUUUAUAUAUACUCAAACAUCAGGCAUAACUGUAUAGAUAUCUAUAUUUACACCUCAUAUAAAAUUGCCUCAUUAUGUAUGUGAUUGUACAUAAAACAUGUUAUUGAUUUUAAUAAUUCUUUGACUCAUUUUAAACAUGAUUUUUUUAUUUUUUAUUAUUUUUUUCAAGUGCUAUUCAUUUUAAGUCCUUGACACAAAACAAAGAUUUACUAAAUGAAUGAGUGGCAUAUAUAGGAUUUCAAUCAAUUGUUUAAAGUUACCAUAUUACAGAAACAAAAAAGAAAAUAUAGCUGCAAAAUGUUAUUACAUAUGUUAGCACAUUUUUACAGUGCCUUUAAGUUUAUUUAAACCCUUUUUCUUGCAAUAUUGUGCCACUUUUUAAUUUUUUUGGGCUUUCAUAUUUUUAAUACUCUUCAAAUAUAAUAAUCAUUUUUUAGCUCUCCAUAUAAUGUGUAUUUUUAAUUUUUAUUCAUUAAAUUUUAUUAUUUUAAGUUCUACUUUAGAUUGAAAUAUUCAGCUGUAUAAUAAUGAAAGACUAAUUUUAUGUGACUUGUUACAUUUUCAUUGUCUUAUAUAGUUUUUUUACUGUCAUAUUUUUAACAGCUCAUGUCAAAUGUGUACAGUUUGAAUUCAUAUUUAACUUUUUCCUAUGUGGAAUUAUCAGUGUGCAUAGUAAACACGUUAAAGCUUAUCCUUUUUUAGUCUUUAUUAUGCUUUGUUUUUCAUUAGUUUGCAUUUAAGCUUGUGUGCUCAUUUGGUUUUUAGUGGAUAGUUUGAUCUUUUCAUUUCUUUAUUUCCAAAUUUUAAUACUAUGUUCUGUCUUCCUUUCUGCAUUAAAAUCCUAUUUACAUUUCUUGAACUAGUCUUUUUAUUGUUGGAUCAUCUUAUAUUUUAUUUUGGAUUCUUUUUGUAAAUAUAGUUAUCAAUGUUGAUUUAAUUUGGCUUUCAAAAUUUUCUUUUCUCAGUAUUGAAACCAGUAUUGAUGCGGCGCAUUGAAAAGCCUUGCUUGGUAUUUUGUUAAUUUUUUGGCACUUCUUUGGCAUAAGAUUGUGAUAUUAUGUAACAAAAGUUUUGUAUACAACUUCAAAAGAUAUUGGGGUCAUGUUCCUUGUGAUUCUGCCGUUCUGGCUUGUGCUAUAUUAUGACAGUAUUUAGCUAUGAAUAAAAGCUAUGAUCU